GUGAAGAAAAAAAGAAAAAAACACGGACUCGAAGUAAAGCCCGCAGGCCAGGGAACAUUUCACAUUCACAGACCCAGAGCGAUUAAACUACAAGAAGAGGAUUUAUUCACCUGCAAACUGUCCGUCCUCUCCUCUCCGUCAGCCUCCAAGAUAGAUUCUCUCAGGAGUAAAGUGGAACUGCUGAAGCUUCCCUUGUCUCUGUCGUCCAAAUCCAUCUCGGAGCGUAAGACUCGGCUGGGCGGAGCCACAGAGCGCUCCAGGGGCGGAGCUGGGGCCCACAAACCCCGCCCACCAGCCCCAGACAUGGACAACGAGUCGCAGUACUCGGGCUACUCCUACAAGUCUUCACAUUCACGCAGCUCUCGCAAACACAGGGACCGCAGGGACCGGCAUCGCUCCAAGAGCAGAGACAGCAGCAGCAGAGGAGACAAGUCUGUGACCAUCCAGGCCCCCGGAGAGCCCCUGCUGGACGCCGAGAGCACGCGCGGAGAUGAGCGGGAUGAUAACUGGGGCGAGACCACGACGGUCGUCACCGGGACGUCGGAGCACAGCGUGUCUAACGAGGACCUGACGCGUGCAUCUAAGGAGCUGGAGGACUCGUCUCCGCUGGAGUGCCGUCGGUUCGCGGGGCCGGUCCUGAGCGGUGUUCUGGGUGUGUUUGCGCUCCUGACGCCCCUGGCCUUCCUGCUGCUGCCCCAGCUGCUGUGGCGGGACGCUCUGGAGCCCUGCGGGACCCCGUGCGAGGGCCUGUACGUCUCGCUGGCCUUCAAGCUGCUGGUGCUGCUCAUCUCAUCCUGGGCUCUGUUCCUGCGGCCGCCCCGUGCCACGCUCCCGCGCUUCUACGUCUUCCGCUGCCUGCUGAUGGCGCUGGUCUUCCUCUUCGUGGCCUCGUACUGGCUCUUCUACGGCGUGCGGGUGCUGGAGCCCCGCGAGAGAGACUACAGGGGCAUCGUGGGAUACGCCGUGUCUCUGGUGGACGCGCUGCUGUUCAUCCAGUAUCUGGCGCUCGUGCUGCUGGAGGUCAGGCACCUCAGACCCGCCUUCUGCCUCAAAGUGGUGCGCACCACCGACGGAGCCAGCCGCUUCUACAACGUGGGCCACCUGAGUAUCCAGCGAGCAGCGGUGUGGGUUCUGGAUCACUACUACACUGAUUUCCCGGUCUACAACCCUGCUUUACUCAACCUGCCCAAGUCCAUCCUGUCCAAGAAGAUGUCUGGCUUCAAGGUGUACACUCUGGGAGAAGAGAGCAGCACUAAUAACUCGACGGGUCAGUCUCGGGCGAUGAUCGCCGCCGCCGCACGCAGACGGGACAACUCUCAUAAUGAGUAUUACUACGAGGAGGCCGAGAUGGACCGCAGGGUGCGAAAACGCAAGGCCAGGCUGGUGGUGGCAGUAGAGGAGGCCUUCACUCACAUCAAGAGGCUUCAGGAGGACGAGGCGGCGUCGUCCCCCAAACACCCGCGUGAGGUGAUGGACCCUCGAGAGGCGGCCCAGGCCAUCUUCGCCCCCAUGGCUCGAGCCAUGCAGAAGUACCUGCGCACCACGCGCCAGCAGCCGUACCACAGCAUGGAGAGCAUCAUCACACACCUGCAGUUCUGCAUCACGCACAACAUGACGCCCAAGGCGUUUCUGGAGCGUUACCUGGCCCCGGGCCCCACCAUGCAGUACCAGCGAGAGAACGGCAGCAGGGGGCGCCAGUGGACUCUGGUGAGCGAGGAGCCCGUGACCUCAGCGCUGCGGCAGGGACUGGUGUUCUCCCUCCGCCGCCUCGACUUCGCUCUGGUGGUCACGGUGACGCCCCUCCCCUUCCUCACCCUGGGGGAGGAGUUUAUCGACCCCAAGAGCCACAAGUUCGUGAUGCGGCUCCAGUCAGAGACCUCAGUGUGAGAGAACCACAAGAGACUCCGUUACAAGGACACAACCACUCCUUUUUGUCUUUUAGAUAUCACUUUUAUGACUGUAUGUGCGUGUUUUUUACACUACAUGAACUAUUUUGAUCUAGAGACCGUCUGGACUGACUAACUCUUCUGCAUUUCAGCUGUGAAUAUAACACGUUGCUCGAUCAAACACACUUUCACACACCAGUGCUGCACGAUAAGGAUGAUUUACCAGAAGUCCCAGGUGUCAUGAUAACACUACACACACAUUCACACUUCAAAACCCGUGAAAUAUUCAUUGAGAAGCGACUGUAGCCGAGCGUUCAAGUGCUUUAAUUUGUAUGAUUG